AGGAAGAUGAUGACAUGGGUGAGAACCCCUACCUCGCUGGCUUCGAGUGGGACAAAGAAGAGUGCUACACCCGUUUCAUCGUUCACCAGAAGAAGACUGCUGGCACCAAUGACGGAGCCCCUAGCGGAGGCGGCAAGAAGAAGGGCAAGAAGGGACAGAAGGAAGAGGCCGACCCUCUACUGCUGUAAACGCCACCUUGGUGUUCGUCCUCAGAAGGAUGCCCUCCGUCUCUUCUUGCUCCGCUUCACACUCCUUUCAGAUCAUCAACCGCGGGUCGGAUAUUGAGCAUUGAGAGGUAUAUUGUCGCUGUUGACUCGCUCCGAGAGCGCUAACAUAUCUUUGUAUUCAUCACUUUCAUCGAGUCCGGGUUGCUCGCUGGUGUAUAUCAGCAAACACCGGGCUUGUGUAUUAUUUUUCUCCGAGACAACCUUGCUCUUAUGCUUCCUGAGAUACCGCGGUCCUUGUAGUUCCUGUGCUCUU